AUGGAGAGAUUAGUAGAAGUAUUAGACCCAGAGGUACGCAUAGAUUUCUUGCUCAAUUCCAAAUGCCGAGCCACAGUACGCUUGAGGUCACUCCGUCCCACAACCCCAGUUGCUUUCAAAAUCCAAACUUCAUCUCCGCAUAAGUUCCUUGUUAACCCACCAACUGGACUCAUUUCUCCUUUGUCUUUAGCUACCUUCCAAAUCAUCCUCAGACCACAAAAUCAACUCCCACCCACUUUCCCACGCUCUCCGUCUGACCGUUUUCUAAUCAAAACGGCUCCGUUUGCCUCCAAUUCGCACGAUUCAACUCAACCCGACUCACUAGCCUCCUGGUUCUCCUCUCUCCCUCUCGGCUCAACUCAGGACUUUAAACUCAAGGUUGCCUUUGUUGGCCCUUUUCUUCUACGCCACGCUGUCAGCUGUGGAGAUGCUGACUCAAUCAAUAAUAUAUUAAAGAGGCAAAGGACAAUUCUGUCUGAACUGCCUCAGAGAGAUGCCGAGUCCCUUCUCCGAGUUGCAGCUGAGUUGGAUAACUCGGAGGUUGUGGUGAAUUUACUGCUUGAAGCUGGGUUAAAGAUCGACGCGCGUGUGAGUGCUGGCGGGGUGGGGUUUUAUCCUGCGGAUCCCAGGCGGGAAUCCAAGGGGUGGAGUGAGUUACACAUGUUAGUGGCUCUUGAUCGGACGGAUGAGGUUUUGGAUUUGGUGAAAGGAUUUGGGCCGUUGGAUUUGAGAGAUAAGGAUGGAAGGACACCGUUGCAUUUGGCGGCUAGCAGGGGAAAUAUAAAGUGUGCUACAUUUUUGGUGGAAUCGGGUGCUGAUAAGGAUGCUAAGAGUAAGGAUGGAAGGACAGCGUUGUAUAGAGCAGCGGCUAAUGGUGACCGUAGGAUGGUGGAGAUGUUCAUUGAUAUUGGUGCAGACCUAACCAUUCCAGAUGAUCGUGGUCGUUCGGCUAUUGAUGCUGCUCGUGAUAAGGGCCAUGAGGAGGUUGUGGAGAUUCUACAGCGUGGAGAACUAGUACUAAUGGCUGCGAGACGUGGUGAAUUAGAGAGCCUUAAAUCAUUAGUGAGAAGGGGUGCAAGCUUAAAAUAUUGCGAUCAAUAUGGGUUGACAGCCUUGCACGCAGCAGCUGUGAAAGGGCACAAGGACGUAGUGUCAAUGCUCGUUGGAUUUGGAGUAGAUUUAGAAUGCCGGGACAAUGAAGGCCAUGCUCCAUUGCAUUUGGCAGUGGAGGGUGGCAACUUAGAAACAGUCGAGGUAUUGGUCGACAAGGGAGCCAAUGUUAAUGCCAAGAGCAAUCGAGGUGCCACUCCUCUCUAUAUGGCUAAAGCCAUCGGUUAUGAUGACAUUUCACAAUUUCUGGCUGUUGUGGAAUUCUUUGUUGUUUCUCAGAAACAGAGUUUUGAUACCCAAGUCCACCAAGUUCCAACCUUAGAUCAGCGAUUCUUUCUUUAUAAACAGGGCUCGGAUUUCUCUUCUGUGGUUGCGUUUACGACAUUACUGUUAGAAAGGUUUUGGAUGGUGGGGUUCAUGAGUCACGUCGCUGGUGAUGGUGUUGGCCAUGGAGUCCCAUAUUACUCUCUUGUUGCGAAUUUGCACCUCUGGCCAGAAUGCACGAUGUAUUGCAGUAGCAGGAACAACUCUUGCUCCUAG